AUGAGUUACAACGAUAUCGAACAAGAUUCCAGUACAUUCUUUAUCCAUAUCGCCAUAAAGACAACGAAAACAGUUUUAUUAUCGAAAAACAUUGCGAGCAAACUUGUGAUCGUAAUAACUGAAAUUAAAAGGAAUGGUAAUAAUGAACUGAAAUGCAUUUUUCAGCAACAGCAAUCAGGCGUUGAACAGCUAUGCUUGCUAUCCAUAGAUAGAGGAGCUUGUAGUGGACAUCAAACACGUUAUGCUUUCGAUCGACAACAGAAUCAGUGCGUAUCAUUCGAAUACACGGGUUGUGGUGGUAAUCUGAACAAUUUCCGUUCCUUAGCUGAUUGUAUAUCAACUUGUGGACAAGUUGGAUUUUGA